GAUGGCAUACACGCGCUCAGCCACCGCCGCGAACGCAGCGCAGGACUUGCUUUCGACCGUCAUCUUCGAGCUCGCGCAUCGUAGCCUAUCCUGAACGGAACUUGUUGCGGAAAUUGCACGCUGAAGCGUACGAAGUCAGCCAGAACGAUAUGUGCAAGCAUAUCCUGAACGCCCAAGUCGCUAUUCGAGCGCCGUGCUGCAAGCUAUGGUUUGAUUGCGCGGAAUGCCACGCGGAAACGCAGGACCAUCGGCUGAGGAAGACGACAGAGAUGAUAUUCAUGUGCAAGAAGUGCAAGAAGGCCUUUCGCAAGGACAUGUCGAACUACGAGGAGAGCGACGAGUACUGCCCGAACUGCGACAACCAUUACGUUAUUGAGGCGAAGACGCCAAAACCGGUGCUAGGUGUGGAAGGCGAGGAUCUGAGGGUGGACGCUCGCAUGAUCAAGGACGAGCGGGAGAAACAGAAGCCCGAGCGCACAAUCUUCAUGCAAGACUUCACAGACAAACUUGGAUAGUCGACAUUCCCAAUCUACAGUGCCCGUGUUUGCCCUGUACACUACCUCACAAACCUAUCGGUUCCACGCAGCAUAUGGCGAAUACGUACCCAGGUAUUUGUUUGGCAACAUUUCAUAUGAUAUGUCUGCUCGGUGGUCUCGGAUGUCAAGGUCAACGUUCAAAUUCAAACCCUGUCUGAGUGUUCA